UUCAAUUUUCUAUUAUGCAACUACAACACUAAAAGCAUCAAAGUUUACACUUUAUUGGAGCUUUAAAAGGUUGUCUAUAGUCUCAACCGUUACAGAAUAACAUAACAUCUGUCUUCAAAGUCUAAAGCAUUAAGAAAAAACAACAAUAAGCUGUUCUGUUAAUAAUCACUUUCUAGCCAUGGCCACUACUAUUGUUCAUGAUGAUUGUGAAGUUGGUUUUGAAGAAGGAAUGCUCUGGUUACCCUCUUAUGUUCUCGACGAGGCAAGCAUUUUUCGAACUCGACUUUUAUUUUAUCUUAUAAAUUUUUUUAAUAUAGUUCCCUUUCUUCAGCUAUGUAUAAGAAAUCACCAUCAAAAUCAAAAGGUACUAAAUCAACAAAAGUUGCAUCAUCACAAAUCAUCUGGAGAAUCAGAAUCAAUAUCUGCUUCAAGGUUUUCAAUUUCACACCAAAGGCCAAAACUCGUGAACCAUGGCAUUGGAAACGGAAUGCGGGCUAUUUUUUUAGAAUCGAGGAAUGGAUCCUGUGGUACUGGCGUGUUUUUACCUCAAAGAGCAGACACAAAGUUCCAACCAAGAAAAAGGCCAGCUUGUGCACCAGUCCUACUUCCCGCCCGAGUUGUUGAAGCUCUAAACAUAAAUGUCCAUGCAUUAGGUGUGCAGAUUUCACCUCCACAAGCUCAGAAAUAUAAACCAAAAUGCAGAGAAGCGUACUAUAAAAGUUCAACCGAAAAGAAAAAUGACCAGAAAGACGCUUCUAAGCAAUGUAGUUAUAUAUCUAAGAGUAAAUGUUCUUCUCAAGAGAUAUUUCUCCCAAAGGAAUGGACUUACUAAAAGUAGCUCCUCAUUUGAAAUAAGAGAAGAAUCAAAUUUGAGAGGAACACAAAUCAAUUUCCAUUCAU